AUGCCCGACCUGCAGAAUUUUCCGUUCAUUUCUCCAGAGGAGUUUGCGGAGGGAUGCGCUCGGCUGGGCGAGAGAUUGCAGAAGGGAGGGAUUGGCGAGGCGAUGUUGAGUCAUGAGGUAUUUAGCUUGGCAUGCGUAUUCAGUGCAACAGCGGCAAUGGGUGUGACUAACGAUGACGGCGGUGGGAGAUGGGGGGUGUUUAUGGCUUGAUUGUUAGGCGCGAGUUGGUCGCCGCCUGCGCCGAGGGCGAGGGCGAGGGCGAUGGCAAUGAACGUGAAGACGAAGAUGAAAAAGUGCAAAACGGUGGUGUUGAAGAAGACGAAGACGAAGACGAAGACGAUGAAGUAUCCGUAUCCCCCUCUCCCCCACCCCCCCCGAUCUAUUCCUCCCGCUAACCUACCGGUAACCGAGCCUAAAUUACCAGUCCCUCCCCCCUGUGUCACCGUCGCGCUGGAAAGUAGAAUACCAGAUCCUCCUAUCGAGGGCCUACCAACUGCCAAUCCUAUACUUCAACCUGCACCCCCCCUCCUCCACCGCGCAGAUCCCGGCAAGCCUGCAACAAGUCUACGAAAAGCUAACGUCCGCCACGACCCGUGACGCGCUCAAGAGCGUCGGCGUUCAAGGCGCGAUAUCGCAGACCGAUCACCCGGUGCUCGGGGUGCCGUACUAUUUCGUGCACCCGUGCAACACUGCUGCGGCGAUGGGCGAGUGGCAGCUGCGGCGCCGGGAUUGGGGGGAAGGGAGGGAGGAUUUCGACGCGGAGAAAUAUUUGGCCGUGUGGAUUGGGGUUGUCGGGAGUGCUGUCGGGCUGUUCUUGCCGAGUGGGUGUAUGGCUUGAUCGGUCGGUGGGUUGGAUCGUGCGGUUUAUGAUUUCUCUCGACUGGCUCCGAGCACAAAUACAAGUACCGGUACCGCAGCCCGAUCUUUUUUUUUUCCUUGC